AGAGAGGGUAUUCUAAAGGAUGUUUUAGCUGAAUUUGAUAGGGUGCUGCCCGGCAAGGGGCUUGAGGCGCAUCCAUUUAAGCUUAGCUUGUAGUAUUGUGGAUCAAGUUGUAAGGAGAGCAUUCCACACCUUUAGAGCUGCAAAAAUGCCCAAAGCAGAACUGAGCAAAAGUACCAUAGUUAUCCAGUGGUACAAUGAUAAAGUCUCGGAUUCCUUCAAGCUACCAUACAACGGAGACACGCUAGCUGUCCUCAUUAUUAGCGCACCAAAAAUGUUUGAGGAAUUACUGAAGCCUUUCAUACUAGGAGGAAAAUAUAAAAGAGAAGGAUUUAAUGCAUUAAAAGACGAGGAAAACGAAAGGAAAGAGGAAGGUGGGUCUGACCCCCUGGACCAAUGCUUUAGGGACGUAUUCAAUAAAUUACAAACUCAUUUCUCUCAAUAUAAAACAACUUUCAUUCAAGACUAUGAGCUCCAUCAUAAUCGCCGGCCGAAAAUCCUAUUACAGACUGCCGGACAUGUUUCGGGUUCUGCUUAUUAUUAUCAAAGGGGGGACGUCCCACGGGCACCUUGGGGAGAAGACAAGCCCAUAUAUGGUGUGUCUGUUCACCCACGUUACGGGGGCUGGUUUGCGUUUCGUGGCGUUCUCAUUUUUGAAGACAUUCGAGUCAAGGGAGAGGAGUUGGAGUACAAAGAUCCGAUAGAUUGCGUGAGUAAGAGAGAGAAAAGGAUCGAGCUCUUAGAAGAGUUCAAUUAUCACUGGGAGGAAUGGAGAUACAGGGACAUACUGGAUGGUGGGGACGUGGAGGAUCGAUACUCAGAAGAACAGAAAGAAUACUUUGGGACACUUCCUAAAGACAGGCACAAGCUUGUGCAGAAAUGGAGAGAGAGAGAGGGGGAGGAAGAUGUGAGAUCUUGAAGUUUAUUCAAUAUUAAUUUAUGACUCUAAAAUCUAUGAUUGUAUUUAUAAUAAUGUAAAUAAUAUUCAUGCCCUUGUUUUGGUUGAUGAAAAAUUGAUUUUUUGCAUCAA